AUGGACUCACCGCCGUCUACGGGAGAUUCAUUAACGGCGAGGAUGAUUCCACGGCAUUCAUCGCUCGAUUCCUUCGGAGCGAUGAAAGUCGUUCAAUUAGUCAACCUCGCGAGCAUAAGGGUCUCUAAAGCAGAGCUUCGUCAGAGAGUCAUGCUCCCUAAAUACCUCCGCCUCGCGAUCCGAGACUGCAUCCUACGCAAAGAAGAUUCCUCCUCCGCUUCCUCCUCCUCCUCCUACGUGACGCCGGAGGUUCCUCUGAUGGUUUUCGUUAACCCCAAAAGCGGUGGUCGUCAGGGUCCGCUUAUCAAAGAGCGUCUCCAGAAUCUAAUCAGCGAAGAACAGGUUUUUGAUCUUACGGAAGUGAAGCCUAAUGAGUUUAUAAGAUAUGGUUUGGGUUGUUUAGAGGUGUUAGCAGCACAGGGAGAUGAUUGUGCUAAAGAGAUUCGUGAGAGGAUUAGAAUUGUGGUUGCAGGUGGAGAUGGAACUGUUGGUUGGGUUCUAGGAUGUCUUGGUGAACUUAAUUUACAAAACCGGCAACCUGUUCCUCCGGUUUCUAUAAUGCCACUUGGAACUGGAAAUGAUCUGUCUAGAAGCUUUGGAUGGGGAGGUUCUUUUCCAUUUGCGUGGAAGUCAGCUAUAAAACGAACACUUUAUAGGGCAAGUAUUGCUCCAGUAAGCCGUCUAGAUAGUUGGAAUAUUUUGAUUACAAUGCCUUCUGGUGAAAUAGAAGAUCCUCCUUAUUCUUUAAAAACCACACAAGAAUGUACCAUUGACCAGACUUUGGAGAUAGCAGGAGAGCUUCCUCCAUCUAGGAACGGAUAUGAAGGAGUCUUCUAUAAUUACUUUAGUAUAGGUAUGGAUGCUCAAGUGGCUUACGGUUUUCACCAUUUGCGGAAUGAAAAGCCUAACCUUGCGAAUGGCCCUAUCGCCAAUAAGAUUAUAUAUUCGGGGUAUGGUUGCUCUCAGGGUUGGUUCACGACGCAUUGCACAAACGAUCCGGGUUUAAGGGGUCUCAAGAACAUAAUGACGUUACAUAUAAAAAAACUAGACUCAUCCGAGUGGGAGAAAGUACCAGUUCCCAAAAGUGUAAGAGCAGUGGUUGCAUUGAAUCUACAUAGCUAUGGAAGUGGAAGAAAUCCAUGGGGAAAUCUCAAACAAGACUAUCUUGAGAAAAGAGGCUUUGUGGAGGCUCAAGCCGAUGAUGGGCUUCUUGAGAUCUUUGGUUUAAAGCAAGGAUGGCAUGCUUCUUUCGUCAUGGUUGAACUCAUCUCUGCCAAACACAUUGCACAGGCGGCGGCGAUACGGCUAGAGAUAAGAGGAGGAGCAUGGAAAGAUGCGUUUAUGCAAAUGGAUGGGGAGCCAUGGAAACAGCCAAUGAGCAGAGACUACUCUACCUUUGUAGACAUCAAGAGAGUCCCUCACCAGUCUUUGAUCGUCAAGGGAGAUUGA